GGAGAGCCGUGAUGCAGACGGUAAGUCACAUGAGCAGGGAUCUGUUUACAAACCGAGCAGGAGCAGCAGUCGGCUCCAUUAUGAGAAAAGUGGGCUGAGGCAGAGGGGGGUGUAGCUGUGGCUGGCGGCUGGCUGCUGGGACCAGGUGAACGGGAUCGGCUUUUUCGGCAGAACGGAGGGGAGCACACGGAGGCCGUAGAGAGAGCUGCGAGUGUCAGGCUGACGGCCGCUGACAGAGAGGCAGACGCAAACGGAGGAGGAGUCCCUGCCAGCUCUUCUGUUCCUUUGUCUUCAGCUCUGGCACGGGCAAGGGGUUUCCACUGACAGCAAGAAAAAAGGAGAAAAGGAAUACCCUGUACAUGUGAGAAGGGGUAUCAGAGCGGGAACGCCAGGAGGAUCCGGGAGCAGCAAGAAAAGGCAGAGAAGGGGUGAGGCUGGAAGGAAGUGUUUUGAAAGAGGACAAAGCAGUGGCUGUGUUCACGGUGUUAUGCACGCUUGGAAAAUCUGGGAUAUUGUCAGUUUUCAUUGGGGUUAAAUCCUUUUAUACAGGGCUACAUUAUCUCCCGGUUAAGACUGAGGACGUAUAGAGGUUUGCCUCUGAAGAUGAAUGCCGCUGAUCCACUGACAAUCUGUUGACUUUUUUUUUCUUAAUGAAAGGACAAGCACUUGUAAUAAAAUCUGAUCUGUUUUUCUGCUUCAUGGCCCCUGAUUCUCAACAUGAACAUAGAUGUGAAUAGACAUAUUUUAAAUAUUCUUUUUUGAAAGUCCUCUCACUCUUAUAACCUGUCAACAUCACUUUCUAGAACAACAGAGCAGAAGAUAUUUUCCAGGAAAAAAACAAUGUCUGUGCUGACAUGAAUCUUAGGACUGACUGAAUUAUUUUUCGUAUUUUAUACAACCACUGGAGCACGCAGAAGUAUAGACCUGGCCGUGGCGCUCAAAGGGUUAAGUACGUAUCAUUGAGAUUGGCCAAUCUGUGGAAUUCAUCGUGGGCACUAAGGAAAUAGUCCAGAAUUGUACAGCUUUUGAACAAGGCUGUCCAUUGGCUCAUCCUCUACUUUGGCCUGCUCCCCCUUCCCCCUCCCAGAGACAACAACCCUGGCAUCGAUUUGCUGAAAUUACUGUUGCUGUUUGGAGUCCGAUAUUAUACAAGCACUCCUUGGGUACCAUGGAUGUCUGUGCAGCCUAGGGGUACAGAGUUCCAGCGAAUACUGUAAAAUGACUUCCGACAUCUACCACCUUCCCCUCAACGUGUAUGUGAUCAUCCUGGGGAUAGGCCUCUUCAUCUUCAUGCUCAGCAUGAUAUUCUGCUGCUACCUGUUCAGGGUAAGAAGACACGGGACGCGGGAGCAGUAUGGAUAUAAUGAGGUCGUUCUAAAAGGAGCGGGAAAAAAGCUGAGCCUCCUUGGACAGACAUGUGCCGUUUGCUUGGAGGAGUUCAGGACCAGAGAGGAACUCGGCCUGUGCCCAUGCUCUCACGCGUUUCACAAAAAGUGUCUGGUGAAAUGGCUGGAGAUCCGGAGUGUCUGCCCCAUGUGUAACAAGCCUGUCUGCAGGCUGCAGGCAGAUGCCCCCCAGGGCUCGGAGGGCCCCCAAAACCCCCAGGAGGUGUGAGGCUGAGGAGGCCCCCACCCUAACGCCAUCCUGACUGGACGGCCUUUACUGGAGGACCAACACAAAACUGCAGGAGCCCCACCUGACCCCCCC